CUUCCCUCGUCUGUUUCCUCCCUCUCCUGCCAGACUGCACCCUGAAACAGGAAUAGAAGGAUGCAGAGAGCCCCGCAUCUGCUGGAGAGGAGUAGAGUGAUCCAGACACCCCGAGGACCGUUUUGGAGGAUGGCUGCAGGCCGGAUCGGCGACUUGAGAUAGCCUUGAUCCUGAACUCCAGAAGUGGACCUCGGUCUCGCAGUUGCACGUGUCUUCCUUCAAAAUGGCUGCCAGGCUGGAAUGGUGCAUGACAUCAGAGGCUUCUGACCUUCCUGAUUGGAAAGACUGGACUCCGUGGUUCUUGGCAACGGAGGUGGACAAGAGCAUCUUCGCAGAGCAUGUCCAUACUCCUAGCUUGGCCCCAGCUUAGAGAAGGGAUAACAGGGCUUGGGUUCACCCAGAAGCCAGAAGGGGAGUUUGAGAAGAGGAGGGUCUGAGUCUCCUGGGAGGGCGCAAAGAGCUUGGGAGAAAUCAUGGCCAGUUGUCAACCGUCCGCCCAGUCUGAGGGCCAGAGCCCCCAGCCUAGCACAUCAGGGUACCCCCCGGAGGCCGUGGUAGAUGAAGAAAGCCCAGGACCAUCAGCCCCCUUUGUAGACCCCUGCCCCUUGCCUCAGUCCCGCGGAAGGAAGAGAGACAUCGAAUCCGACGAGGAGACAGCCCCUGAGGCCAACGACAUCUGGGUGGUGGAGACACUGAGGGGACUCAAGAUGAAGCUGAAGAGACAGCGGGUAUCUUCAGUGCUCCCUGAGCACCACGAGGCGUUCAACAGGCUGCUCGAGGAUCCUGUCAUCAAAAGAUUUCUGGCCUGGGACAAAGAUCUGAGAGUAUCCGACAAGUAUCUCUUGUCCAUGGUCAUCGCCUAUUUUAGCCGCGCUGGUCUCUUCUCCUGGCAGUACCAGCGAAUUCAUUUCUUCGUGGCACUCUACCUGGCCAAUGAUAUGGAAGAGGAUAACCAGGCCCCCAAACAAGCCAUCUUUUCAUUCCUUUAUGGGAAGAACCGUUCCCAGCGUCCCUUGUUCCACAAACUGCGAUUGCAAUUCAUCCGAUCCAUGGGCUGGAAGACCAGGGUGUCCAGGGAAGAGUGCGAGGAGAUCCAGGCUUUCGAUCCAGAUCUGUGGGUGUGGGGGCGAGAUCGCACCCUCAUACCCUAGAGGGACCACGGAGGCCCGAGGUCAUCGGCCUGAGGGGAGGUAUGUCACGGGUCCAGGCACCAUGACUUAUUGUGUAUUGAGGAAAUCUGAGGAAUCCAAUUGCUAGACCACGCUCCUCUCCCCUGCCCCACACAUGAGCCUUCCCACACACUGUAAAGUCGAGCAGCCACGCAGCCAGACGCGGACUCAGGUCCCAGCCACAUGCUCACAACCACACACAGGCAUGACCUCAGGGAGAUGUGUGGGGGCCAGACUAGGGAAAACCGGUCUGUCACAGAGGCAUGGCUGAAAGAAUGCCAUUCACGGCAAUGGGGCCCCAAGGAUAGCUUUCAUGAAAUGUUGAUUUUCUGUGGAAAGUGAGGAAGUUUUCAAUUGAUUCCAUAAAUUGUGUAUUCACUUUCUUUCUUUCUUUUUUAAGAUUUUAUUAUCCAGGGCAGCCGCGGUGGCACAGCGGGCCAGCCGCGGUGGCGCAGCGCUUUAGUGUCGCCUGCAUCCCGGGGUGUGCUCCUGAAGACCCGGGAUCGAGUCCCGCGUCGGGCUCCCUGCGUGGAGCCUGCUUCUCCCUCUGCCUGGGUCUCUGCCUCUCUCUCUCUGUGCCUCUCAUGAAUAAAUAAGUAAAAAUCUUAGAGAAACAAUUUAUCUAUUCAUGAGAGACACAGACACACACACACACACAGAGAGAGAGACAGAGAGAGAGAGACAGAGAGAGAGAGAGAGAGAGAGAGAGAGAGGCAGAGACACAGGCACAGGGAGAAGCAGGCUCCACGCACGGAGCCUGAUGUGGGACUCGACCCCGGGACUCCAGGGUCAUGCCCUGGGCCGAAGGCAGGCGCCAAACCGCUGAGCCACCCGGGGAUCCCCAGACUUUCUAAUUCAUUUUUGGCCUUUCAUCCCUCACAGGUAUCAACCACAGGGACUUGUUUACAACAACGUAUACGUCUAACAGUAGGAUAUUUGAUGGAAGAGUCUACCUAUCUAGUGAUACAAGAGAAAUUAUGUCUAGUUAUGCUUUCAUCCAAAUUUCCUUUCAAGCACAUUGCUUAUGGCCAGAUUGCCUGUGCAUCUUUCAUGUCCCCUGCCUGCUUCCGGACCAGUGUCCCAUUUUGUUCAAUUAUACCUUUCCCCUCAGGUUUUUGGUCAAGGACGUUUGUCAGAACAAGUGAAGCUUAAGAAAUAACAGUUUCAGCAUGGCUUAUUGUGAUCGACACAUAAACUUAUAGAUUUGGGUAGAGGAUUAAGUGAAGAUUGGGUUCAACUCAUGUGAACUAUAGCUCUGUUAGUCCAUUUAGGCUCCUACAUCAGAGGACUACAGAGUGGAUGGAUGGCUUAAGAACAACAGACAUUUAUUUCUCACAGACUUGGAGGGGACAAGUCUGAGAUCGGAGUGUCAGAACCUUUACUGGGUUGGUCAGAACCUUUACUGGGUUGCAGACUGCCACCUUCUGGCUGUGUCCUCACAUGGUGGAAGGGGAGAGCUAGGUCACUGGGGUCUCUUUUAUCAGAGCACCAAUCCCAUUCAAGAGGGCCCCACCCAUGCCCUAAUCAUCCCAGUGGCCCCAUCUAGCACCAUCACCUUGUGGGUUAGGAUCUCAAUGUAUGAAUUUGGGGUGUGCGUGUGGGAUACAAACAUUCAGACCACAUAGCACUCACCAACUUUAGGACUAGGUGUUAUGGUUAAACAUCCGGAUCUAGGGUUAGAAUGGGGGAUUAGGCAUCUGGACUCAUGGUUCAUGAUGUUGAUGUGUGAGUGAUGUUUGCGGUAUGGUGAUUAGUUCAGACUCUAAGUAGCACAAAAGGACCAAGGCGAGUGUCCAGUCUAAAGCAACAUUCUCUCAAGGUUGUUUGUUUUGGUCCCUGAACAGAAUCACCUAGAGCGAGCCCUGGCUAUAAAGUAGAUGACUGGGCCUGUUCUUAGGUACAUGAAGAAGUUUUUGGAGCCAGGAUCACCAAAGUCCAAAAGUCAAGCUUGGAAAUGAACUGGGGUUUAGAACGAAUGAUGAGGGAUAAAGUGGAUUUAUAAAUUCGUCUCAACUCUGAUUACAAUGGACUGAGAAGGUGAAUAAUCUCUGUAUCUGGAGAGGUGCCUCCUUGCAAUCUGAUGUCCUUCCCCUCUUUCUCAAUUGCAGAUCCCUGAGCCCCGGGGAGACGCAGGUUUUUCAGUCGGAAGUCAGGAACACAGGAGUCUCUUUCACAGAUAAUCUAGAAGAACCCAGGACCUUCCAGAACGAGCUCAGUGGAGUCAUCAUGUUGUACUCCUAGGAGCUGGGAGUCCAUGGAUUGGAGUCCACGGAGAGACAAUAAGAAACCAGGGUUUUUUUUCACGUCCAUCCCCUCCUGGGAUACCAUCAAAUAUUGCACAUUACUUAAUUUGAAUCUCUGCUGAGGUAGAGGUCGGAGGUCCCAUUUUUCAUGCACUGGGACACAGGGGAGGAGGAAAUUACCUCAAAAAUAUAAAAUUAGAACCCGAAGGAUUGUGACAGCCAAACAUAUGUCAUGAAUUUCAUUUGUUCAUUUUGAAAAUGUUGCCCUUAGAUUAUAUUUGUUUCUCUAGUUUUUAUUUAUGUAUUUAUUUUAAAUAGUUCUGAAAUAGUCAUAGUUUCCAAGACAUGCUAUUCCAACGUAGUUUUGUGAUGAGAUUUCAGCUGCUGCAUAACUAUAACUUUGUUUACAUAUUCAGGAUAGGUUUUGUUUUUAUUAUACUUAUAUAAUACAUCAGUUAUACUUAUAACCAGACGGGUUAGUUCCCUCAUGUUCUUGUAACUGUAAAUAUUUAUUUGAUAGUCUUCGUUAUUAAACUGUGAGAACCAGGUGUCAUUUUUUAACUUGCCUUGAUGACAUGUUGGUAUGUUACUUUAGGUUAUUAAAGAGGACACUGCAAGGUGUCUCCUGGGGAAACAUAAUAAAGAGAUGUCUUCUUACCUUCAUGAUGUUUGUGGUCAUCACCAUCAGUCUCAUCUGUUCACUGUUCAAUGAUACUGUCGCUUAAUGGGGAUGUGAUUAUUUAGCCACGUUUUUCUUUGUCUUUUCUUUUCCUUUAAUAUUUACAACUGUGUGCCAAGAAUUUAUCUUAGAUUAAGGUGGAUAGUGCUGAUUUCCCUUCAAGAGGACAUGGCCUCCAUAUUCUUCUUCUUUUACAAAACAAACACUUCAAUAUACUAACAUAUGAUGGAUUAUUGGUUACAAAGGUAGAGGUCAGUGAUUUAUCAGCCUCAUGUAACACCCAGUCCCUCCUUAAUGUCCCUCCUGAAUGUCCGUCACACAGUCAUCCUAUUCCCCCACUCCCCUCUCCUCCAGCGACCCUCCAUUUGUUGCCUAUGAUUAAGAGUCACUUAUGGUUUGUGUCUCUCUCUGAUAUCGUCUUGUUGUAUUUUUUCCUCUCUUCCCCUAUGCUCCUCUUCUUUGUUUCCUAAAUUCCAUGUAUAAGUGAAAUCAUAAGAUAAUUGUCUUUCGAUGACUUAUUUCGCUUAGCGGAAUAGCCUCUAGUUCCAUUCAUGUUGCUGGAAAUGGCAAGACUUCACGUUCUGAUGGAUGAGUAAUAUUCCAUUAUACACACACACACACACACACACACACACACACACACACACUACGUCCUGUUUAUCCAUUCAUCUGUUGAUAGACAUCUGGGCUCUUUCCAUAGUUUGGCUCCUGUGGACAUUGCUGCUAUGAACAUUGGGGUGCAGAUGCCCCUCUGGAUCACUACACUUGUGUCUUUGGAGUAAAUACCCAGUAGUGCAAAUGCCGGGUCAUACGGUAGGUCUAUUUGGAACUUUUUGAGGAACCUCCAGAGUAGCUACACUAGCUUACAUUACCACCAACAGUGUACAAGGGUCCCCCUUUCUCCACAUCCUUGCCAACGUCUAUCAUUUCCUGACUUGUCAAUUUUAGCCACUCUGACUUGUGUGAGGUGGUAUCUCACUGUGGUUUUGAUUUCUGUUUCCCUGAUGCCGAAGCAUGUGGAGCGUAGUCUCAUGUGUCUGUCGGCCAUUUGCAUGUCCUCUCUGGCGGAAUGUCUCUUCAUGUCUUCUGCCCAUUUGAUUUUUAAAAAUAUUUUAUUUAUUUAUUUAUUCAUGAGGGACACAGAGAGAGAGGGAGAGACAUAGGCAGAGGGAGAAGCAGGCUCCUCGCAGGGAGCCUGAUGUGGGACUUAAUCCCAGGACUCUGGAAUCAUGACCUGAACCAAAGGCAGGUGCUCUAUUGCUGAGCACCUUUUGUUUCUUCUCCCCAUUACUUGUUGGAUUAUUUGUUCUUUGGGUAUUGAGGUUGAUAAGUUCUUUAUAGAUCUUGGAUACUAGCCCUUUAUCUCAUACGUCAUUUGCAAAUAUCUUCUCCCAUCGUGUUGGGUAUCUUUUGGUUUCCCCGACAGCUUCCUUUGCUGGGCCAAAGCUUUCAAUAUUCAUGGAGUCCCAAUAGUUCAUUUUUGCCGUCGUUUCCCUUGCCUUUGGAGACGUGUGUCGUAAGACGUUGCUGCAGCAGACGUCACAGAGUUUGCUGCCUGUGUUCUCCUCUAGCAUUUUGAUCGACACCUGUCUCAGUUAGGUCUUUCAUCCAUUUUGAGUCUAUUUUUGUGUAUGGUGUGAGGAAAUGGUCCACUUUCAUUCUUCUGCAUGUGGCUGUCCGAUUUUCACAACACCGUUUGUUAAAGAGACUGUCUUUUUUCCACAGGAUAUUUUUCCUGCUUUGUCGAAGAUUAGUUGAAGGUCCAUUUCUACAUUCUCUAUUCUGUUCCAUUGAUCUACGUGUCUGUUUUUGUGCCAGUACUAUGCCGUCAUUUGAAUAUUGCUUUGUAAUAGAGCUUGAAGUCUGAAAUCGUGAUGCCGCCAGUCUUUCGUUUUGUUUGUCUGUUUGACAAUCCUUUGGCGGCUACUCAGGGUCUUUUCUGGUUCCAUACAAAUUUUAGGAUGAUUUGUUCCAACUCUGUGAAAUAAGUUGAUGAUAUUUUGACAGGGAUUGCACUGAAUGUAUAGACCGCCCUAGGUAGCACAGAUGUCUUAACAACAUCUGUUCUUACAAUCCAUGAGCAUAGAACGUUUUUCCAUUUCUUUGUAUCUUCCUCAAUUUCUCUCAUGAGUGUUCUACAGUUUUCUGAGUACAGAUCCUUUGCCUCUUUGGUUAGGUUUAUUCCUAGGUAUCUAAUGGUUUGGGGUGCAAUUGGAAACGGGAGAGACUCCUUAAUUUCUCUUUCUUCUGUCUCAUUGUUAGUGUAUAGAAAUGCAGCUGGUUUUUGUGCAUGGAUUUUUAUUUCCUGCCACUUUGCUGAAUUCCUAUACAAGUUCUAGCAAUUUUGGGGUAGAAUCUUUGGGGCUUUCCAUGUAGAGUACCAUGGCAUCUGCAAAAAGUGCGUUUGACUUCUUCUUUGCGGAUUCUGAUGCUUUUUAUUGCUUUUUCUUCUCUGCGGAGGCCCAGUCUUCUCGUACUGUGUUGAACAGCAGUGAUGAGGGUGGACAUACCUUCUGUGUUCCUGACCUUAGGGGAAGAGCUCUCAGGUUUUCCCCAUUGAGAUGAUAUUUGCUGUGAGUCUUCCGUAGAUGUCAGCCACAUUUCUUAACUUUCAAAACUAACUCUCAGUUAUUGUUCAUGUAGAAAAAACUGAAGACAAGGGGGAUCUUCAGCUGGUGUCUUCUUUUCUUUAAAGAUUUAUUUAUUUCGGUGAGAGAGACGGCAAACACAAGCAGGGGGAGGAGCGGAGGGGGAAGGAAAAACAGACUCCCCACUGAGCAGGGAGCCUGACCUGGGGCUCCAUCUCAGGGCCCCAGGAUCAUGACCUCCGCUGAAGGCAGGUGCUUAGCCAAAUGAGCCACCCAGGCACCCCCUCAGCUAAUGUCUUUAAGUAGGAAACGAGAAGAUAUUGAGGGAGAAAAUGGGGGAGAAAAGGAAGAUAGCGCUAUGGGGACCUAGACAGUAAUCUGAAAUUUACAAGGAAGGCAAAAUGACUCAGCAAGAUUACGCAUUCCAGGAGAUGCUCCAAGGCAAGCAGAUCCAGGAGUGCAGGGAACACAAGCAUUGUGUGUUCAAUAUUCAAUCACAGAAGGCGUCCCUUUCACAACCCCCAAUUCCAGUUUUUUUUUGUGGUAGAAGAAAAAUAAGAGCGUGUGAUGAAAUGGUAACAGCUGCAUAGAAAAGACGGCUUUGGAGAACUUUCUGAGAAGCACAAUAAGGUAAGAGGAGCUAAAGCUGUCAAAUAAGAUAAGCAUGGAGAAGAAAGAGCUAAUGACAUGAAUCCUGAAUUUUGGAGAAAACCAUCUUGGGCAACGGCAGCAGCAGAGAACACUUCAGUGUCCUCAGGAUGCAUCAUGCUCCUGGCACAUACAUGUGUAUCACCAGUCAGGAAGCUCACCCAAGUGUGGUGACCGGAAUUUUUGCUGAAGUUUCAUUAUGGGAGUGUGAUUAAUUCAAUCAUUGGCCAUACACUGAACUCAAUCUCAGGCUCCCUUCCUUCCGCUAGAGAUUGGGCUGAUAUCAAGUGGUUCAAAAGCCCCAACCCUGUUGGUGUUCCUGACAUAGCUGGCCCCUAUCCUUAGCAUCAACUCAGGUUUGGUCCAAGAGGCCUAGCAGGAUAACAAACACUCCCAUCACUUAGGCAAUCCCAAAGAUUUAGAAGCUCUCUUCCAGGAUCCAGGCAGAAGACCCAGACAAAUUCUUUCCACAACACAUUGGCUAUGGUCAGGAGUCUGUCAGAACUCAGGUGGUCAGGGAAGAUACAGAUUUGAGGACAGAUCAAUCACAGGAGAUACCGGAGAAGUUAAACGGAUAAGGAUUGAAGUAAUGGGGUGCUCACAGGGAUUUGGAAUAGCCCAGGUGAUGCGAGAAAUUUAGGAUAUCAAUAUAGCUCUCUAUAUAGGAGCACCUAAUGACAGUGAGCAACUGAGGAAAGAGAAGCCAAAGGAAAAACUGUGUUUGUGGGUGCGUGUGCGCGCGUGUGCUGCGGUGGGGUUGCAACUCUAGUAAAUGACAUGAGCUGAUAAGCAUGGAGCGCUUUCAGAAAGUGAAACCACCAAGGUCAAAAGGGCAAGGGACAUUAAAAUCUAAUUAGAGCAGCUCUAGAAGAGGGACAACAUUAAGAAGUGGGACACACAGUUGAUGGACUCAGGGUAGCAGAGAGACUAGGUUGUGCAGACAUGGAGACCAAGAGGAAAAACAGUCUGACAGCUUGGAAACAGACAUAACUUAUGAGACAUCUAGGAUUUAAAAUGGAUAUUUAGGAAGCUCUAGGCCUCUGUAGGAUGGCAGGUGAAGGCAGGUUAGGAAACAGCUCAAAUGACCUCAACGAAAUGAUGCAAGAAACAAGAUGAUGGUUCCAAACAAUAAAGAAAUAGCAAACAGGCAAGAAAACAGAUGCGGGAAGACAGUAGAGGAACAUGUCUGAAGGACAGGAGAAAAACCAGCAAAGCUGCCUGGAAACAAAACCAAGGCACAAACACACACACACACACACACACACACACA